GCAGCUGUUGGUUAGCGAUGGGAUCACGCCUGCCACGAGCGAUCCCUUUCAGUAGCUCUGAGCGGGCUAUCGACCAGGCUGUACGUUACGUUUUCCGCAGCUGCGAUCCAAAAAGCGCCAUUAUUGCAGCCGAGAAAGGGAAUGGAACGCAAAAAGCCGGUCGCUUUAUAUAACCCGCGAACUACAGGAUAAAUACCCCUUCUCUCUCUCUCUCUCUCUCUCUCUCGCUGCGUGUGUGGGAGAUUUUGGGAAGGAGAGCUUUAGGGAGGCGUGCCCACCGCCGCUCGUGUCUGCGUCUCGUGCGGGCGCGGGUGCUGCGAUUCGGGGUGCGGUUACCUAGGGGCUGUUUCGUUCAGGUUUUAGCUUCUUAAGCUACAUCAGAGUGGGAUCCGAUGCCUGGUUGGCGUCUUCUAUAUUUAGAUUUCAAUCCAUCACGCGCCGUUCGUUUCUUUGCCAUUGCCUCUGUUGAGAAGGAGACAUCGGUGGGGAGCGGGGGGUGCUGGUGACGAAUCGUGGAGGUCUCCUUUGCUGCGACCGGCCGAUGAGCGCCGAAUUUCCUGUUGUAUCGCAGAAUUUGAGGUACAGCUGCAGCAGAAGAGACUCAAGUGCCUUAUGAGAUGCAGGGAUGCUGAUGAAUCAUGUGCUUCUGGCCCUUAGAGUGGCAGGAAGAGCUUCCUGAUCGCUGCCUGAUCCCGCAUCUUGGCAGAAUUCUGAUUAAACAUGCCGAUCUUCGACGAGGGAGAAGAUAACUUCUUUGACGCAUAUGAUGAGAUCAGGACUUCCAUUGAUUCCUCCUCAUCUGACAAUUCCCUUAUCACAGAUCAAGUUUUGGAACUUCAGAGGACUGAAUAUGAACUAUGGACGAAGGAGCCAAUCAGUGUUGAUGACAGGCGUAAAAGGUUCUUCAGAGGAAUGGGUUUUGAUGAACUUGUACAAUCUCCUGUAGGCUGCUCUAUGGAUACUGAAGAUUCGACAAUUGGUUCAUCGGAAGAGAAGAUGGAUGCUAAAAGAAUUAUGACAACCAGUGAUGUUGUCUCGAACAGUUUGUCAUCUCCUGAUGUUGGAGAACCUGAAGAUUCUUUCUGUUGUAUAAAGGAUCUAGAUAGUGGUAGACAAUUUAUGGUUCAUGAAUUUGGGCAAGAUGGUUUUCCCAGCAUGUUCAAAGAACUUGGCUCAGAAAAGUUGAUGACACUGCAGGAGUUUGAAAUUUUUCUUGGCCUCUCACGGUCUGUUCAGAAACUCUCAAGGAAAGAUGUCGUCCUCUUUAGGGAAAAGACUAUUUGCAGUCAUGAUACAAAGAAAAACAACUAUUUAAACUGGUGGAGAAGUUUCACAAAGAGGAGGCAUCGUGUGGGAGCAAGCAACUAUAAUGUUUCUGUUAAGAAGACCAGACUAACCAGGUCAAUGAGAACAAAAGUUCAUCGAUAUAGGAAAAACUGCAUGGAUUUCACUGCACUAUACAUGGGUCAAGAGGUUCAGGGACAUAAAGGUCUGAUUCGGGCCAUGAAAUUUAGUCCAAGUGGGAGGUAUCUUGCAAGCGGUGGUGAAGAUUGUGUUGUACGCAUUUGGCAGAUUAUUGAAGCUGAAGAUUCAUGCAAAUGUGUUACUACAGAUGGAUCAUCCAGAUUUGUUGGUAAAGUUAAGGGUACUAAGUUGGUUGAGGGGAAAGCUAGCAAUGUGGCUCCAGUUUUUAUUCCAAAAAGGAUUUUUAAGAUUGAGGAAUCUCCGUUGCUGGAAUUGAGGGGUCACACAAGUGAUAUCUUGGACCUAUCUUGGUCUCAAUCUAAUUUUCUGCUGACUUCCUCUAAAGAUAAAACGGUACGCUUGUGGAAAGUUGGUUCUGAUGGAUGUCUUAAAAUUUUCCAACACAAUAAUUAUGUGACUUGUGUUCAGUUCAACCCUGUUGAAGAUAGAUUAUUUAUUAGUGGCUCAAUUGAUGGCAAAGUUCGAAUUUGGGACAUUCUAGAGAAUCGAGUAAUUGAUUGGGUUGAAAUAGGGGACAUGGCAACUGCUGUAUGUUAUCGGCCAGAUGGAAAGGGAUUUGUUGUUGGCUCAAUCAAAGGAAACUGCCGCUUUUAUGACUGCUCAGCUAAAACAAUGCAGCUUGAUUUGCAAUUCAGUCUAUGCAGUAAAAAGAAGUCUUCUGGCAAGCCAAUUACUAGCCUGCAGUUUUGCCCAGAAGAUUAUAAAAGAAUUAUGAUCACGUCGGCAGACUCGAGAAUUCGUAUUUGUAAUGGGGUUGACAUCAUUCUUAUACUCAAAGGUCACAGGAAGGCCAAAAAUCAGUUGUAUGCAUCAUUCAGUUCAGAUGGACGACAUGUUGUAUCCGUGGGUGAGGAUUCCAAUGUUUACAUCUGGAGUUAUGAUGUAUCAGGCAACCUACCAUGCAGAGGUCCCAAGUUGAUUCGUUCAUCUGAGUUCUUCUUUUCUAAAGGUGCAUCAAUUGCGGUACCAUGGCCUGGCAUGGGCUGCAACGACAGAGAAGCAAUUGUCAACAACAGUAAUCAUAUUUCCUCUCAACCACAGAAAAUUUCAGAGCAAGUCUGCCGGCUAAAGAAUCCGGACUGCUUGUCUCUCGGUGCAUGGCCGUUUUCUGAUGGUUCAUCAAGGGUGUCGGCUACAUGGCCUGAGGAGAAGCUUUCUUUGCAAACGAAGCCUCGGUUACUGCCUGAAGACUGUCAUCAGCAGUAUCACCAUCUCCAUCAUGAUUACUGGAGCCUUACAUCAAUGGCAAGCACAUGGAAUUCAGUCAUAGUGACAGCAGGAGAUGAUGGGGCUAUCAGGUCUUUCCAUAAUUUUGGAUUGCCCAUUAGGCUGUGAAGCAAGAGAAGGCAUUGUGCAAUACUGGAUAGAGAGGCAUGUCACAAUAGUCAAUAACCAGCACAACAUUGUGAUCAGACACCUGAACAAUCUGCUUUUGUUAAAGAUAGCUUACAAUCCCGAUUGACAUGAGCUCUGGGUAGUAAAAUACUGCAGUCCGAAAUAUUCCUCUUAAACAACAUGGUCAUGAUCCAUCUGGUGUUUACUCAGGCACAUGAUACUUGAUAAAGCAUAGGGGUGCAGAAGUUUGGUGUUCUGUUCUGGAAGGAUCAGAGCAAACUUUUCUUUUUUCUUUUUUUAUAUAGGAAAAAAAGGAGGAAGUUUUGGAGGGUGGAUUGGCAAAACUGAAUGCAGUUUUUGUCGAUAUUUAUCUUUGUUGUAUCGAUGAAACCAAUUCUUCAUCAUUCAAAAUAAUAACUUGUGUUUUUCUUUGUAA